CCCGGAUCAACAAGACGACGGUAGCCCUGCGAAUGGACGUGGGCCGGAUUACCGACACGGGGGAAUAGCGCCGCACGCGGGACGACGAAGAUUGGAGCUGGGGUGAAUGACCCGGCCACGAGAGGAAUCCUGGCGCGAAAGGCGAUGAUGCCGAGGACGGAAGCAAUAUGCGUGGGGCUGGGGCUUUAAGUGGUAUCCGUAUGCUAGACGCGUGAACGGGCUGAGGUACCUUUGAGCCCGAGAGCGACGAGAUGACGGCGGCAUUGACGCAUCCCGAGUGGAAUCAAGAGACGGGCGGUCUCGAGGUCGCGAAGGCAUUCGCAGACCAGAUCCGCGGGAAGAACGUUCUCAUCACGGGCGUCUCCCCCGAGAGUAUCGGCUCCUCCACCGCCCUGAGCAUCGCCUCCCAAUCCCCGGCCCUCCUCAUCCUCGCAUCGCGCACGCAGUCCAAACUCGACACCGUCUGCAAAUCCAUCAAAGAUGCGUGCCCUACCGUUGCCGUCCACAGCGUCCUACUGGACCUCAUGUCGCAGGCAUCUGUCAAGAAAGCCGCCGCCGAAGUCGCGAAAUUGACCGAUCGCCUGAACAUAAUUAUCAACAACGCGGGCAUAAUGACACCAAAACGCCAGUUGACGGCUGAAGGCAUCGAAGCGCAGUUUGGAUCGAAUCACAUCGGGCAUUUCCUCCUGACGAACCUGCUCAUGCCGCAGCUGCUCACUGCUGCCAAAGCGAGCACUUCUGGCUCGACUCGCGUGGUCAACCUUACGAGCCUGGGACACCGUCUUAGCCCCAUUCGGUUCCACGACUACAACUUCGAAGGCAAGGAGAUACCGCCCGAGGAAGCGCAUAUGCCGUUGCCGCCCAUGUUCACGAAAGGAGCUGAGGGCGCCUAUAAUGGAUAUGUGGCCUAUGGGCAGGGCAAGAGCGCAAACAUCUUGUUCUCGGUUGAGUUGACGAGGUUAUUGAAGGGGAAGGGUGUUGUGAGCUAUGCGGUGCAUCCGGGAUCGAUAUGGACUGGUCUGAGCAGGGACCUCGACCCGGACGGUGAGGCGGCGAUACGGAAGACGAGUCCUUUCUGGAAGAAUCACGAUCAGGGCGCUGCGACUUCCUUGGUGGCGGCAUUUGAUCCUGCUCUGAACGAACCAAAGGGCAUUCUUCUGCACGACUGCCAAAUCUGCGAUGCCGCACCGCACGCCACCGAUCCGAAGAUUGCUGAGAGGCUAUGGACUCUGAGUGAGAAACUCGUCAAGCGCGACUUUAAGCUAUGAUCGUCCUCACCACGGCAGCGUCUACGUAGCAGCUCAAUAUCCAACGUAGUCUUCCUGGGUGGUACUGCGUCCUCUUUCGUCAUCGCAUCCUUUCCCUGGUCGAUUCCAUAUCUCACAUCCGAGCUACCCAGCUUCCCUUGCGUCUCAUUCCUUCUAAAUCUGUUCUCGGGCCCCUCGGCUCCCUCGCACCCUGCAGUUUCCUUCUCCCCUAUCUAUCAGCGUAGAACUUUGGAAGUGAUUUGCGCCUCAGGUCACACAACCGGAUUACCCCCACACCAGUACGAACGUUCCUAUUUGGAAAAUCAAGCUUUUUAGAUCACGCUUGGCUGGUGCUUGAUAUUGUGUUCAUCUAAGUCGUGAAGUUAUGCGG